AUGGCUAAUUCCGAUGGGCCGGAAAGUACGGGAACAACCGCAACUGCCACCGUAACUACCGUUCAAACCGAUUCAGAUCUCAAGCAUUCUUCUCUACGGAGAAGACCGAGCGCCACGUCAUCCGGAGGCCUUUUCGACGCCGAAAGUGCAGCUCAAGAAGCGAUAAGAGAUUCCGGCUCCGACGAUUCGUUGAACGGUAAGAACAGCGAAGAGGUUAAGGAUCGAAAAACGAAUCAUGCAGAAAUUGGUAAUGACGAUCAGAAUGACGUCAUUGAUCGGGAAAAAGUCGCCGAUUUCAAAUUCACUUACCGUCCUUCAGUUCCCGCUCACCGGAGAAACAAAGAGAGUCCUCUUAGCUCCGGCAACAUAUUUAGACAGAGUCAUGCAGGACUGUUCAAUCUCUGUAUUGUGGUGCUUGUUGCGGUAAACAGCAGGCUCAUUAUUGAGAAUUUGAUGAAGUAUGGAUGGUUGAUUAGAUCCGGCUUUUGGUUUAGCUCAAAAUCGUUCAGGGAUUGGCCACUCUUCAUGUGUUGUCUUAGUCUUGCAAUAUUUCCACUAGCCGCCUUUGUAGUCGAGAAGUUAGCGCAACAAAAGAGUAUUUCUGAACCAGUUGUUGUUCUACUUCAUGUUGUUAUUACAACAGUUGCAAUUAUCUAUCCAGUUUUAGUAAUCCUCUGGUGUGACUCUGCUUUUUUAUCAGGGGCCACGUUGAUGCUAUUGACUUGCAUUGUGUGGUUAAAGCUGGUGUCAUAUGCACAUACAACCUAUGAUAUGAGAGCUCUUACAGUUUCAAAUGAAAAAGUAGCAAAGGGUGAAACAGUGCCCAAUACUUUGAAUACGGAGGAGUACCCACACAAUGUGAACUUCAAGAGUUUGGCAUACUUCAUGGUUGCUCCUACUUUGUGCUACCAGCCAAGCUAUCCUCGCACACCCGCGAUUCGAAAGGGUUGGGUCUUUCGACAACUUCUCAAGCUGAUAAUAUUUACAGGAGUUAUGGGAUUUAUAAUUGAACAAUAUAUGAAUCCUAUUGUCCAAAAUUCACAACAUCCUUUGAAGGGAAACCUUCUAUAUGCCAUUGAGAGAGUUUUGAAGCUUUCUGUUCCAAACGUCUAUGUAUGGCUCUGCAUGUUCUACUGCUUUUUCCAUCUUUGGUUAAAUAUACUUGCGGAGCUUCUCCGGUUUGGUGAUCGUGAGUUCUACAAAGAUUGGUGGAAUGCCCAAACAGUUGAAGAGUAUUGGAGGAUGUGGAAUAUGCCGGUGCAUAAAUGGAUGGUUCGCCACGUGUAUUUUCCCUGUAUAAGGUUUGGUAUACCCAAGGGUGCUUCUGCUUUGAUUGCUUUCCUGGUUUCUGCCGUGUUCCAUGAGUUAUGCAUUGCUGUUCCUUGCCGCAUGUUCAAGAUGUGGGCUUUUAUUGGAAUUAUGUUUCAGGUUCCUCUGGUCUUGAUCACUAAUUACCUGCAAAAUAAAUACAGAAACUCAAUGGUUGGAAAUAUGAUUUUUUGGUUCAUAUUUUGUAUUCUUGGUCAACCUAUGUGCGUACUACUAUACUAUCAUGACUUGAUGAAUAGGAAAGGUGAAAUUGACUGA